UGUUGAUUUCCACAGGAAGAGCACAUUAUGACAGUCGCGAUGGAGGAGCCAAAGCUUGACAUCGAGCGCCAUAUCAAGUAUUGGCAGCGAUGUCUAAAGACGCUCCUGCCAACUCAAUAUACCAGCACCGACUCCAACCGCAUGAUGCUGGGCUUCUUCAUACUCUCUGCACUCGAUCUCUUGGGUACUGGAGCAGACACAUUUCCCGAAAAGGAUCGCAGGAAUAUCAGAGAUUGGAUCCUGAAGUGUCAGCAUCCGAACGGUGGGUUCUGCGGCUCUCCAAAUCACAGGUUCCCGGAUGCGUACUAUGUUGAUGUCGGGCAUGGGAGGCAGCAGAUGGACCCUGCGAAUCUGCCGGCGACGUUCUUUGCUAUUCUUAGUCUGAGCUUUGUUGGGACUCUGGAGCAAGUUAGGAGAGAUGAUUGUCUGAAGUGGCUAAAAACUUUACAGAGAGAUGAUGGGAGCUUUGGAGAACUUGUUACCCAGGAUGGGGCAAUUGAAGGAGGGAGGGAUAUGCGGUAUUGCUACAUUGCUGCUGGUGUUAGAUGGAUGUUGAAGGGUGAUACACCACCAAUUGGAGAGGAUAGAGAGGGUGAUAUUGAUCUAGAGAAGCUGGUGGAUCACGUACGGUCUGGACAGACAUAUGACGGAGGCAUAUCUGAAUCAUUUCAGCAUGAACCACACGCUGGUUAUACAUGCUGUGCGAUCUCGACUCUUUCAAUAAUCCACCGACUCCCGAUUUCCUCGUUAUCGGGUGCUGAAGCUCCAGGCCUUACAAACAUCCCGGAAACAAUACGAUGGCUUGUCUCAAGACAAGUAGGAUACACAGAGGAGGGGGAGGAAGAUGAGGCUGAGACAAAAACUCCCGCUCGUCCUGUGCUACAGGGUGUUUAUGAAAAUGAACCUUUAGUACCUGGGCUUUCUCUGCAAGAUGUAGACUUUGUUGGUUUCAACGGUCGGUGUAACAAAAGUGUUGAUACCUGCUAUGCAUAUUGGGUUACGGCCUCCCUUGAUAUGCUCGGCCAAGAUAGAGCCCAGCUUCUAAAUAUCAAAGCGGCCCGGCGGUUUUUGUUGGAACAGACCCAGCACAGGAUAGGAGGAUUUGGAAAAGCACCAGGGAAUCCACCGGAUAUCUACCACUCAUAUCUGGGCCUUGCCGCACUUGCCAUUAUGAAAGAACCUGGGUUAAAACCUUUUGAUUCGGCUCUAUGUGUCGGCGCGCAACAAAAAGAAAUGAUGGAGCUGCUUAGAGAGGCUGCAUUAUCCAGAUAAGAAGCUACUGAAAGCAAUGUACUUCCGCAUUAGGGAGGGCGAUCCCGACAAUGACCUGAGAAGUAGUCGGAAAACAAGUCAAGGAAGGGGUGGAGAGUGGAACCGGAAAUAGAGGAAUGAGAACUUGGAUGUUCUACAGGCUUAUUGCAAAGUGGCUCCAGGACUUUCAUGCAGUCCUCGAACCAGACUGUGGUUCCAUCACCUGAGAAGUUGUCCCAUUACGAUUGGUACAAUCUGUCUCGAAAAUUAUGCGAAUAGGAACAUGAAGGUUUAACAGCGUCGGCUGACACAGAGAUUGUGAGAACCGAGUUGCUUGCUGCCCUAUGGUUCAGAAAAGAAAUAUCAAAACUGGGAGACCAGACAAUGAAGAUAUAACGGCAUCUCACUCUUCGGGGUGCUCCUGGU